AUGAAGCUCGUGGUUAUCAUUGUCGCCGCGUCGGUUUGUGUCAACUUGCAUUACUGCGAAGCAGAAGAUAAAUCAAGAAGACAAGUAAGAUCAACUGCCCUUUUUCGUUUCCAAGUAACUACGUUGCUUAUUUUUGAAAAGAGGUAAAAAUAUAAAAAUUGCUUAAUGGCACUUUUCAAAGUUUAACGGCAACCUUUUGGAACUCGGUUGUUAAGAACUGAGAGACAAACGAGAGAAAGAUAACAAUCCCAGUAGAGAUAAUAAAUAAUAGUUUUCCAAUUCCUCUUGGCUAUCGGCAAUAAUCGUCUUAUCCUUUGUUCUUCCUUAAUUAACAGCCAAUUUGCACCUCUCCUCUACGUUAGUAAAGUUGAAAUGAAUACCCAUGUACUAAUGGUGUAAAUACGAAGAAUGUUAUUCGCAAACGAGGCUUGGAAGUGAAAUUUGCUUUUCUGACAUAAUCACGCAUCCAAAAGAAAAAAUAAAUUAAUAAUUAUCGAAUUCCAAAAAAAUAGCAAAUUUUUUGGGGGAAUAUAAUUGGUUGAUAAAAUUAACUAAACAAUUCUAAUCAAUUACUAACAACAAUUCAAACUGACAGAAGGGGCAGGCACUUCGCUAGUCAUUUGAGUCAGAUAUCAAAAUAUGACUUCCUUACUUGAACUGAUCGUGAAAUAAACGUUAUGCUAAUUACUAGACUCUUCACAGUCCCCUAUUUUUCCGUAAGAUGGUAGAGAUCGAGCGCUUUGCGUUACGAGCUACCAUCUUGCAUGAGUUUCAAAACUACUUUGGGGGUGGGGGCGGUUUGGGAGGAAGCCAGAAAAAUAGAGGGACUGUAAUAACAUCACUGCAGCUCGCGUUCAGGAGGCGUGACAGGAAUUUCACGCCUUUUACCAUUCAUUAAUUAAGAAACUCCACUAGCGAUGACAAACAUGCCAGACACAUUUAGCAUCGAUUUCGCUUGUUUACAAAUGUCUCCUUUCGAAAAGUGAUUUUAUACAGUUUCUAGGCCAUUCCUCCAAAUAAAAUCGGCAAACAUGCACAGUUGAAACAUUUUCCUAAUCGAAGCGCUAAGCAUGCUCGCUUCACCACAGAUUAGAACGGUUAAACCUCCCGAUAAAAAGCCAGGCAUUUCUGACAGGUCGUCUUUCUUUGCAUCGGCGUACCGUUAAAUUUCAAUUCGUUUGACAAAAACUGUGUUACAACAUUCCCCUGCCUGGGCUGCUUUAAAAGCAUGUUAGCUUACGUGAUUCAUCCGCAAAAUAUCAAAAUCCUUCUUGUGUUUGCGCAAGAUGUAUUAUGAAAGCGUACGUUUUAUAGAAACGACGACUUGUCAGUGUCGGCAACUUAAACUAAACCUGUUGUCAACGCAAAUUAACAUCUACUGUCUAAUGACCAAUUAAACGCCUGCGUUGCUGGUACAACGCGCUAUAUGUCGACAAUCUCACGAAAAAAUGGGGGACUGUGAACAGUCUAGCUAAUUACAGUUACUAAUGGAUAUAUAUAUAUAUUUAUAAGCUAUAGCUGAUGCUCCUCAAUCAAUUGAGUCGAGCGCUCUACGAAAUACGUUCUACUCAAAAAACGAAUUUAUAUAUAUAUAUAUAUAUAUAUGAUGAUUUUUAACUCAUUUACUGUUGGCAACGAUCACACUCGUUUUCAAAAAGGUUGACAUUAUGUUCUUUAUAUUAGACUAAUCUCGGCUCUCGUAGUGGAGUUUAGAGUUUUUUUGGCUGCCUUGAGCAAAGUUUUCCGGAAGGCAUCAUUAAGCCUUAUGAAGGAACAAUUCUCACGUAUGGCAAAGUCUGCUGCGUCCAAUAUCUUCUCGUAUUUCGUCUCACUUCGGGCUACACGGGUGAAAAAGACUGAUCCCGGGCUUGAGACUAAAAGACUGGAUAUUGCGAGCUUUGUUGUUGGCAGUAACAAGUCUUUGGCCUUACAAAGUAGGUUCUAGGGAUGAAAUCUAUUCGGCGAAAUGGAAAUUGACGCUGAUUUCUAACCAGGCAAAAGACUUAGUAAAAACUUGUUUGGAAGGCGGGGGCUGUAUGUCUCCUUUUCAACUGCUGGUGUAUAUCCGGGAUCUUUAAUAAAUCUGUAAUAAUCUUUACUAACAACUAGGAUGGUUGAGGAUUUAUCUCUAGUACGGAACUACACAGCAUGGCCGAAGCUUACACACUAAUGAUUAUGUACGCAUGCGUACGGAAAUACCGCUGAUCAUUACAACUUUUCCCUAAAAAAAAAAAAAAAAAUACAAACAACAGAGAAGAAAACAAUCAAGCAUCCAGCAAUUGCUAUGUGUGAAAACCAAAAACAGUUAAUGUUCACAAAUGUUAAACACUGUCCUUGAAUCAUAAUGGUCUCCGCGAAAAGAGAACAGAUGUUCAAUGUCCACAAAUGUUAAAGAUAGUUCUUAAAUCGUAAUGGCCUCCGUAUGGCCCUUCCACUCCCAGUCUUCUAUUGUUCUGACGUCUCCAAAGAGCCAUCGCCUGAAUGAUUUCUCUCUAGUUCGUGGGACCCUGAGACAGGUUCUUCCACAACUGGGUUUCCUUGACUGUAUUGUUCGCUGCAAGGUAAGUUUCCAUUUAUGCUUCCUGGUGGAGGUUCAUGAAAAUGUGAGUCAUUUGUCCAUGCAGGACCACAGCCUGCAGUUUCAUCAACAUCUUUCUAUUUCUGCGGUAUUCUCCACCAUUAUCGGUUUGCACUUUGUAAGACCUAGGUGUUUCUGCAUGGUCCACUACCACCCGUGGUUCCCAGCGAUUUCCCAUGCGUACCCUGAUCUGUUUGCCUUUUUCUAAAGCUCGUAGCUGUCUGGUGUGCUGAUUAAAAUAGUAUUUUUGCUUCUCUUGCUUCAGCCUUAACUUCUCCUUUACUUUGUUUGGAUCGAGGACUCUGGGUUGCAGUUGAGCUUCAGUGGUGGGGAUAAUUGAUCUGAGUCGUCUAUUCACGAGAAGUUGCGCUGGUGAGCCGACCUCAUCAAUAGGAGUGUUCCUGUAUUCUAAUAAUCCUAGAUAUGGAUCACGGUUGUCGUGCUUUGCUUUUGUUAGCAGAUUCUUUACCGUUUGAACUGAUUUUUCAACAAGCUCAUUCGCUUGUGGGUAGAGUGGACUGGUGGUGGUGUGUUUGAAUUCCCAUUGUUUCGUUAAUGACUCAAAUUCCUUGGAUGAGUACUGAGGACCAUUGUCACUGAUUACCUCACAUGGUAUUCCAUGACGCGCAAAAGCAGAUUUGAUGUGGGUGAUGACCGUGUUACUUUUGGUGUCUGGUAGUUUGGCUACUUCAAAAAAUCGCGAGUGGUUAUGUAGAAUGAAGAGGUAUUCUGAUUUAUUCCAGGUGAACAAGUCUGUUGCUACGUUUUCCGAAAGCCUCCCAACGAGGGUUAAUUAAAAUACUGUUGUCAACAAGCGACGUUUACAGUGCGACCGGGAAAACCGUGAACGCUUGAAAUAUCUCGGGAAUGUUCAUGGUGUUAUGACCAAUCACAGCAAAGAUCAGGACACGCGAACGGGCCACAAAACCGCAAACUAAUUAACGUUCUUGCUUACGGUUUAGAUUUUUCACGCCUGAUUGGCUUAUUUCUUGCGACAGAAAAACAUUCCAGAAAUAUUUCUGGUGUUUACGGUUUUCCAACUUCAUGAUUUCAACUCUGUCACGCAAUUCUGUUAAGCCUGGUUUCCAUAUGAUCGUCCGAUCGACCCAGUCGUUUCAAAAUAUUUCGAGAGGAUCCUGACGACUGGGGCGAUUGGUAGUUUCCAUAUGAUCGUCUUGAUCGCCUCAAAGACAAGAGACGCGGGGUCGUCAGCGAUGUCUCUGGGUCAGACAAUAAAAUUUUUGCGCGUGUUUUGCAAACAAGCCACAUAUAUGGAUGAUUUUUAUUCGUAAAGCGAACCUCGUAACUUGGUAUCUGCUUUUUCCCUUGAUUUUGCGACAUUGAGAAGCUAGAAGAGUUCCCCGAAGACAUAGUAUCUUCGAAAACUUGAUGUCACGGACUUUUUUCUAAUUUCAAAUAACCCACAUACGCGCUGCGAGCACUUGUGUAUUAUUUUUUCGGCUUCAGCGCCAUCCGGGCCGAAUUUAUUCUCGAUUACUGGCAUAAAAGUGAUGACUUCUGGGAUAGCCUUCGAUCGUCCCGAUCGUCUCAGUCGUCUGAGAGCGUUUCCAUAUGAUCGCUUCAAAAUUUACAUGAUCGUCCCGAUCGUCCGGAUACAACUCAACUCUAUCCAAGCGAUCGAGGUCGUCUCAGUCGUCCGGGUCGUUUGCGAUCGUCUGGGUAGCGUUUCCAUAUGAUCGUCCCGAUCGUCUGAACAUUUUUUGAGACGACUUGGACGAUCGGGACGAUCCGGACGAUUAUAUGGAAACCAGGCUUUAAUCAUUGUCCGCGAUCGCUUUUUACAACACGCCACUUAUAGUUGCUCUUUGUUUUACUCUAUUACAGGUUUCAUACAAUAAUUGCAAGCCAUCUGCUCAUAUCGAAGCUUCAGAAUUGCAAAAAGUGACUUAUAACGCCAAUCAAAGUACAUUUAUAUUUUCUUGAUUUUAUAGCCACCCUAGAGCAGGCGGUGUGCGUCCGAGAUUCGACCAAUCAGAAUGCGUCAUUUGUAGAGUGAUUUUCGCUCUUGGAAAGAGGUAGUUUCGAAAACGAAGCACUCGUUCGUUUUCGAGAUUUGGGUGCUUCGUUUUCGAGAUUUGGGUGCUUCGUGCUUCAGUCUUCGUUUUCGAGUGUUUCGUUUUCGAAACUACCCUUGGAAAGAGCCGUUUUCAGAGGUAUAUGUGGUGUAAUUUUCGCUUUAUUCUAUUCCAAGCUUGUGUUGGUAAUUUCGACACUAUACAGCCGUGGAAAGUUCUUGGAACACUUUAUCUUGAUAGCAGUUGCAUUAGUUUUCAAUAUUCUUUCUUGAGCGUUUGUGACAAUUUUGAAUUGCUCGGUCAUGUGCAAGCCGCCAUGAUGAUUUGAGUGUUAUUUUCUCCUUUCUCCUUGGAUUCAUUGCUGGUUACUGUUAGCGGUUUUAUCGGAUUAUUUCGGUCAUCUUGUUACUUCAACCUUUCUUCUUUGGACAUUUGGGGUCUACCCGGGUCUCUUUAAAAGUGUCUUGGAAUGAAGAGAUUGUCUCAGCCAAAAAGAACUCCCGGCAAACGGGUUGAGUAACUUGCCGAAGCGAAAGCCGACGUGAAGCGAGUAACGCAAAAUCCAGGAAGAGUUUGUUUCAUUUUAAUCCAAAAAAAGGUAAAUAAGUUUGAAAAUUGUGAUAACCUUUGGAAACAAAACAUUUUUCAUAACCCAGUACGGAAACUGAAAGCGUGUCUUUGAAAUCAUUUGCAUGCAGUGUGUGCUAUGUGUAUGCAAAUCCUCACGUAAAUUUACGCGAGGGAAUAUAUCUCAACCAAAACACAAAACCGUUUAUCGAAGAUCUAGACAACAUCAUACAGGAUUUUAAAACUGUGAGGUUAGGUUUAUGACAAAAUCGAUACACUGCGCUCACUUCAAUGAUCGUACAGACAAGAUUGCGGUUUAAUUAUUUCUACGGCCGUAGCUUCGGUGAAAUUCCUCUUGUGCUGUAGCUGUUCGGGCGCUACUAAUGGUCUGUUUUAGCCUUGCCCAUAGAAUAUUUGUUUGCUUAUAAAGAUUAAAAACUGUCACUGUUUGAAAAAUGAUAUAAAAUUGUCGAUGAAAGUUAAAUUCUUAUGAGAGACGAUGCGAGAUUACUCACCUUGCUCUUUCUUCGCGCUCCCCCUCCUUGCCCGGUUAAUAAAGUCCAUCAGACCUUACUAUUAAAUGGACGAAUUUUUUAUUUAAGCAAAUCCAGGAAUGAGCUACAGAUCUUUUUCACUCUUCUGAGACAGAAAUAUACAUAUAAGCACAGCACUAAACAGUACCUAAAAUCUUCCGAGAGGCAGGAAAUCGCCGCCUAAAAUCAGCUAAAAUCGCACCUUCGUUCGUCUCCGAAUCGCGAUAAACUUAUUGAAAUUACCUUAUGAAGCCAAUAGCAAGCAUCUAAGGCCAGUAUGAGAUCUUGAAAAUUCUCCAAAUCGCUCUCCUCCAUAAUGUUUAUCAGAAAAGGAAGCAGUGUUUUGAUCCCGGGUUUUGAUUCAUCUCUCUCACGAGACGGGAACUUGACCAUGUCACGAUUGAAAUGAGGCACAUUAACAGUUUUACCCAUGAACCUUUGUGGGUCGUGACGCACACCGCCUGACCCUAGUGGGCCUCCCAGGGGGAGUCCUUGUUCCCCUGUUCCCUUCAAACGUUUGCUUUAGUUUGUUCCCUUGUUCCCACCUAUAUUCAGAACUUGUUACCUGCUUUUCUACUGUACGCACCUUACACCGCCCCCUCCCCCCUCCCCCAACAUCCUCUUCUCCUUUCGCGUGCUGCUCUCGCGCGACUUCUCGAGACUCCCCCAAAUGGAGAGCUUGCUGGCAGACUAAGCCUUACCCUUCGCUUAAACCCACCCCUGUACGCUCAAUGUUUCAUCAUCAGCUGCAUCUUUAGAGUCUCCGCCGAUUUGAAAAUUCCAGAAAAACAUUGACUGAGAGUUGUUUAGGUUUCUCUUGUAAAACGCAAUAGACAAAUGACGCAGUAAAAGCAAAUUGCUAAAAAAGAAAAGGCACAUCAUAGGAACAAACCUGACUGGCUGUGACCAAUUUGUCCAUUUCCUUAGCUUAGACAUGUUAUUUCGAAAUUGGCAGAUUAAUUUUCCUGGUUGACUGUUGAAUCAAGAUAGCCAGGGCUAGAUAAACAUCACCCACAGAUUAAAACAGGGCAGUGUGACGAAAGACGAUGGUGGAAGUAACCUAGACUGAGAAAGUAAGAUCACUCUUGUUUAUCCUUUAGUGAUUAAAGACUGGUCUGUCAGUGCUCCGAACAGCUAUCUUGCAGGCGGUAUGAGCUACGCAGAUGGGAAACUGACUGUGCCUGUCACUGGACUGUACUAUAUCUACCUGCAUGCCUACCAAAACAGCUAUGGAAGAGUCUUGGUUAAUGUGAAUGACGCUCCCGUGGCCUUGAUUAAUGCCCCUUCUCCGCCGGCCAUUGAACAGUUUGCCUCGCAGGUGGGCGGUCUUUUCAACUUGAAAGAAAAUGACGAAAUCUCGUUUACUUCGCAUUGGAACGGCUGCGUGCUUUACAUGGCUAGCAAGCAUACCUUUUUUGGCGCCUAUUUGGUUGAACUGGGAAUUUGA